AUGUACGUAUGCGAAGAGUUUCAUGCCAAUAAGAAGCACAUGAUGGUUUAUGUAUGUAAUGAUGACGAAGAUGAUGAUGAAAAAGCCUUGGAAGAGAUAGAAAGUAAUAAUUUUGAAACAGUUGGCAGUAUUGAUUUGUGUGUCCUUCCUCCAGAUUUGGACGAAUUGACAGAUGCCGAAGAAAUUGAUGAUGACAAUAUAAUUGAUCCUCAUUAUGUUCCAAAAGACAUUUCAGGAACUAUACAAAUAUCUGUUGAUUUGAAUAACGAACCGGAUAACGAAAACGAACCUGAUCAAAUAUCUGAAGUACGUGGCUAUUUGAAAGACGGUGCGGCGAGUAGAGCCAGUAGAAAGAGAAAAGCCGGAUCCAGUAUUGAAACCACAGUAGGAUUUCACUUCCCUGGAAAAUUGGAAAAACAACUAAAGUGUACUUUUUGCCACAUGAAAGCUAGAUGGAUGUGUAAAAAAUGUGGCAAAACACUAUGCAUCGAAAAGGGGUGUUUCGAAAAGUAUCAUCUCGCAUCUGCCUAA